AGUUUGCGUUGAACUGUUAAACAGAAUGAAUCCAACAUUUCUCGUCAAGUUACUCAUUUUCAGUCUUUUCUUCGGUCUUGUGGUGUCACAAAUAGCACGUCGAGAACGUCCACGAAAAACUUCAAAGAGAACAACAACUGAAGCACCAGCUGUAUCAGAAGAAGACGAAGGAACUUCAGAUCAAUGCCCUGAAGAUGACGGUUUCUUUGCUGAUGCUGAUCAAUGUGAUAAGUAUUAUGCAUGUUCCGAUGGACAGCUUCAAGAACGUCUGUGCAAAGAUGGAUUAGUCUUCAACGACUACGAUAUCAGAGUAGAAAAAUGUGAUUUGCCAUACAACAUCGAUUGCAGUAAAAGAUCAAGAUUGCAAACGCCAAUUCCAUCUGCAAAUUGCCCACGACAAAAUGGAUACUUCGGACAUUCUGAUAAAAAUAUUUGCGAUAAAUUUUAUUACUGUGUCGAUGGAAUGUUCAACGCAAUCACAUGUCCAGAUGGAUUAGUUUUCAAUCCAAAAACCGGCAUUUGCACAUGGCCUGAUGAAGCUCAAAAAGCUGGAUGCUCGUCUGAAGAUGUUUUCCAAUUCACAUGUCCGAAAGUAAAUGAAUCGAUUGCUGUAACUCACCCUCGUUAUUCUGAUCCCGCCGAUUGUCAAUAUUUUUAUGUUUGCAUCAAUGGCGACAUUCCACGAAGAAAUGGAUGCAAAUUUGGACAAGUUUUUAAUGACAAAACAAAAUCUUGUGAUUGGCCAAGAAAAGUUCCCGAGUGUGCUGACUUUUACAAAGAUCGAUUGACCGACGAACAACUUGAAGAACUUGAAAAUCCUAAAACAACUCCAAGACCAGUCAAAGCCAAGGGUGGUGUAGUGCAAAAGAGAAGACGUCCAGCACGACCUCAAAAACGUGUUGAAGUUGAAGAAGAAGAAAUCGAGUAAUAGUUAAAUGCUAGACUGCUUGCGAAAUCUUCGCUUUUUUAUUUGUGACAAAAAUUUUCCUUGUUGUGAAAAAUAAAGGCAUGAAAGGAAA